CACAUGCGCCACGCCAUAUCCGUCCUAGCAAAUUACUGCUGCCCAACCACGACAGCCGGCAACGACACCCGUACUAGCACCAGGACACACUGCAACAAGUUUUUUACUGUCCCGUCGCACCACUAGCCCAGCAGCUCUCUCGCUCCCCGUCGUCUCCGCCAGCUCUCAGGUCUCAGCCCGGACGAGAUGCAAGCCAAGGCGGAGCAGCAGAGGCGCGGCGGCCGCCUGCGGCAGCGCCUGCUGGGCCUCGCCGCCGACCUCUCGGUGCACAAGCUCCAGCUCGCCGUCACCGUCACCCCGGCCGCGGCCUCGCUCCUCCCGGCGCUCGCCGUCGCCGCUCUCAUCCUCCUCAUCGCCGCCGCGCGCCGCGCGCCGGCCCCGUCUUCCCUCGACGCCUACCGCACCGGCGUCGCCGUCGUCGACCCGCCUUCGAUAUCGGCGCCCCCUCGGGGCUCCGCCGCGGCCGCGGCCGCGCGGGUGCCCCCGGGCUGCGACAUCUUCCGUCCCGGCGAGUGGGUCCCCGACGGCGCCGCGCCGUACUACACCAACCUCACCUGCUCGCUCAUCCAGGAGCACCAGAACUGCAUGAAGUACGGCCGCCCCGACACCGGGUUCCUGCGCUGGCGGUGGCGCCCCGCCGGCUGCGACCUCCCGCGGUUCGACGCCGAGGCGUUCCUCGACGCCGUCAGGGACUCGUCCAUGGCCUUCGUCGGGGACUCGCUCGCCAGGAACCACAUGCAGUCGCUCAUGUGCCUCCUCACCAAGGUGGCGUACCCCAAGGACAUCUCCAAGACGACGCACCCAGAGUUCCGGACGAUGCACUACGAGUCCCACAACUUCACGGUGGCCAUCUUCUGGUCGCCGUUCCUCGUCCGGGGCUACCAGCCGGACCCCGCCCGCCACAUGUGGGCGAUCCACCUCGACGAGCCGGACGCCGCCUGGGUCCCCGGGAUCGCCGGCUUCGACCGCGUGGUCCUCUCGGCGGCCAACUGGUUCGCCCGCCCCGCCAUGUUCUACGAGGCCGGGCGCGUGGUCGGCUGCCACUCCUGCCUCGCCCCGGGCGUCCCGGACCUGACGCACCGGCACUCGCUGCGCAUGGCGUUCCGCGCGGCGCUGCGCGCGCUCGCGGGGCCCGGGGCGGCGUUCGGCGGGACGGUGAUCGUGCGGACGCUGUCGCCGACGUCGCACUUCGAGGGCGGGGAGUGGGACAAGGGCGGCGACUGCCGGCGGACGCGGCCGCUGGCGGCCGGCGAGGCGCGGGUGGCCGGGCUGGACCGGGACUUCCACGGCGCGCAGGUGGAGGAGUUCGCCAGGGCCAAGGCGGCGGUGGACGCCGGCGGGAGGGGGCGGCCGAGGCUGGUGCUGAUGGACACGACGGCGGCGAUGGUGCUCCGGCCGGACGGGCACCCGAGCCGGUACGGGCACUGGGCGCACGAGAACGUGACGCUGUACAACGACUGCGUGCACUGGUGCCUCCCGGGGCCCAUCGACGCCUGGAACGAGAUGCUGCUCCAGAUGCUCCUGCAGGAUCGUCCAUCCUGAUUAGCGUGCCCCGGCCGUGUGUUUCUUCUUCCGUUCGUUCAGCUAAUUGAGCAUCCAAACUAAUUAAUGCUAGAUCUAAUUUGAACAUGGUUUUAUGACUAGUGGUAAUGCGCAUCUGCAAGGGACAAACUUCUGGCUGACAAAUACUACGCGUUCUCCUGCGCAAGCUCGGCGUUUCGCGACAAAUAUCCCCAGUGCCGUAAUCUUCACCUCUGCAAAUGCAAUUCCUCUGCGAGGAAGCACUGCAGCAGCAGCAGUUCCUCCACUUUCCAGCCUGCACCUGGCCAGCGAAGAGGCUGCGACAAGGGAUGUGUUUAGAUCUCUGGAAAAGUAGGGGAAAAAGUUACAUUGGACACUGUAGUACACUGUAGUAUUUUUUGUUUGUUUAUGGUAAAUAUUGUUUUAUCAUAAUCUAACUAGGCUCAAAAGAUUCGUCU